CUGAGUACCGGCCAGCUCGCCUCAGCCAAUUCGGUAAACUGUCAUCAGAGCCACCAAGCUUCGCGACGGCGCGCACCCCUCCGUUCUGGUCGCAAAACCACACAUUUUGGGCCACAGUCGACACCCUGGGCUCGCCCGUCUGUUUGUACGAUCCAUCUCAGCCGUCCAGACAGGUCUCGGACGUUUUCGCCAUGCUUUCCGGCCUCCAAAACCCGAGGCAGGCCGCCUCGCAGCUGCUCAAUUUUGCCCUGGUCCUGUCCACGGCAUUCAUGAUGUGGAAGGGCCUAUCCGUCAUCAGCGACUCCCCCUCGCCCAUCGUCGUCGUCCUCUCGGGAUCGAUGGAGCCCGCCUUCCAGCGCGGCGACCUGCUCCUCCUCUGGAACCGGAACCUGGUGCAGGAAACCGACGUUGGCGAGAUCGUGGUUUACAAUGUCAAGGGCAAAGAUAUCCCCAUCGUCCACAGGGUCGUUAGGAAAUUUGGCACUGGUCCCAAGGCGAAGCUGCUCACAAAGGGCGACAACAACCCCUCCGACGACACGGAGCUCUACGCGAAGAACCAAGACUACCUCGAGAGGGAAGACAUCAUUGGCAGCGUCGUGGCAUACUUCCCCUUUGUCGGUUACGUUACCAUCAUGCUUUCGGAACACCCGUGGAUGAAAACGGCCUUGCUCGGCAUCAUGGGGCUCAUGGUCGUGCUCCAACGCGAAUAAAAGUCGAAAUAUUUUCCUCGCGCUUGACGCUUUCUUCCUCACGCAGGGAAUUGUGGGGAAAGACGCACAAACAGGCAGGGGUUACCUUUUUUGGUCUAACAAAAAGUUAUCCUGGAGUAUUAUUCAUUCUUGUGCGGCAUAUCAUUCUCCUGUGAUGCGGAAGCAUUCUCGGCCGGUUCACAGGUGGCCUGUUCUCGGUCCCGUCUCCAAAAUUGCUUCCCCAGCGAGGCGGGGACUCGGGAAAGGGCCGGGGCGCAGGCUGGGGCUGGUUUAGCUGCAGCCUGGCAGGGCAGGCAUCGCCCCUGGCGGCCGACAGCCGUCCACAAGUGCGGUCAGCAGCGUGCCACUCAAGUUGCUGCGCACCAGUACUUCACGACAGGGGUUCGAAUCCUCCCUUCUGAGAUAUAUGGGCCGCCAUCAGGCAGACACCGGCCGAGGCCAUCCUAUUCGGGCUGCGCUGAAAGGAGAUCCCACAAAGAGGUGGGGACUGAGGCGUUGGCUGCAGCGUGUCAUUGGCUUCCAGAAAUUACACGAACGUUCCUGCACCAUCAUGCUAGCAUCACGACCCUGCUUAUUGCUAUUAUUUGUCUCAUCUGUUUUCUUUUUCUUUCCCCCUUCGCGCUCUGUUUUAGUUGGAGAUUUCCUU